AUGGCCUUCGCUGGUGUCCUCAAGGAAGCCGAGGUGAAAGCAGCUCUGGAUGGCUGCGCAGCCGGAGACUCGUUCAACUACAAGAACUUCUUCAAGACGUGCGGUCUGGCCGGCAAGUCUGCCGACGACGUCAAGAAAGCCUUCCAGAUCAUUGACCAGGACAACAGCGGCUUCAUUGAGGAGGACGAACUCAAGCUGUUCCUGCAGAAUUUCUCGGCGUCCGCUCGCGCGCUCACCGACAAGGAGACCAAAGACUUCCUCACCGCCGGUGACAGCGAUGGUGACGGCAAGAUCGGAAUUGAGGAGUUCGCUGCCCUUGUCAAGGCAUAA